UCCCUGCCGCCGCCGCCGCCGCCGCGCUGGCUCCGAGGGGCGCGGCUUGCUGCUCCCCCACCCACCGCCAUGUCUCGGGGUUCCUCUGGUACCUCGGUGGAUGACAAGACCUUGCUCCUGGAGUACCGAUGCCACCCCGUGCGGCCGGAGCCCCCCAGCCCGACGUGUGCCCCUGGGAAGCGCAGCCCCACCACGGCUCCCAGUGCCACCCCGCUGUCACCGCUGGGCUCCCCCACCUCGGCCGAGCCCCGCCGCAUCGUCCUCAGCACGGACAGCCCUGCCGCGCUGAAGGUGGGAACGCAGCAGCUCAUCCCCAAAAGCUUGGCCGUCUCCUCCAAGCCCAAGAACAGCCCCUCCCGGCACCAGAGCUUCGGGGCAAGCCGGGAACCCCUGAGCCCCGACCCAAAGAGGGCGGCCGUCCCCAUCCUGGCCCUGGAAGCGGAGGACGAGGAUGAUGGCGGAGGGGCCCUCAAGCGCAACCUGAGGAACAUGUCCUACCGCGCGGCCAUGAAGGGGCUGGGGGCUGAGCCGGAGCCAGCCAAGGCCCCUUCUUCACUGAAACCCGUGUCUGAGGAUGGCAGCACGCUGCCCGACCGCAGCCCCGGCAGGAGCAAGAGAACCCUCGGGCGGAAGCGGGUGCAGAAGCGUGGUGGCUCGUUCAAGGACCAGCCCCGGCUGUAUCAGGAGAUCCGUGAGAGAGGCCUGAACUCUGUCAGCCAUGAAUCAGACGAGGACUUGCUGGAGGAGGCCCUGCCAGAGGAGCCGUCCCCUCUGGGUGCUGCUAUCGUGGUGCAGAGCUACCGCCCGGCCCAGGUGACCUGGAGCCAGCUCCCAGAGGUUCUGGAGUCGGGCAUCCUGCAGAGGAUCUCCCUCGAGGAGCGCAAGCGGCAGGAGGCAAUGUUUGAGAUCAUCACUUCUGAGUACUCCUACAUGCACAGCCUGGACAUCCUGGUGAGCCACUUCAUGAGGUCAGAGGAGCUGAAGGAGACCAUGACCCAGACAGAGCACCACCACCUCUUCUCCAACAUCGGGGACAUCCUGACAGUCAGCAGGAGCUUCUUUGAGGACUUGGAGAAGCGACACCAGGAGCACCUCCUGAUCCCUGACAUCAGUGACAUCGUGGAGGAGCACGCCUCGAAACACUUCAACCCCUACAUCAGCUACUGCUCCAAUGAAGUCUAUCAGCAGAGGACACUGGAGAAGCUGCUAACCACAAACCCCUUAUUUAAAGAGACCCUGAAACAAAUUGAAAGGAAACCAGAGUGUGGAGGCCUGCCAAUGAUCUCAUUUCUCAUUCUGCCCAUGCAGAGGGUAACACGGCUUCCUCUGCUCUUAGAUACCGUCCAGCAAAAAACAAACGCGCGCUCUGCAGCGUACGGAGCUGCCACCCGCGCUGUGAAGGCCAUCAGCAAGCUGGUCAAGAGCUGCAAUGAGGGAGCUCGGGCUAUGGAGAGGACAGAGCAGAUGUACACCUUGCAGAAACAGCUGGAAUUUGGGAAGAAGAAGCCUUUCCCGCUGAUCUCGGUGUCCCGGUGGCUGCUGAAGCGGGGGGAGCUGCACCUGCUGCUCUCGGAGGAGGCCGGCAUCUUCCGCCGCGGCGCCGGCCGCCUCUGCCACCUCUUCCUCUUCAACGACGUCCUGAUCAUCACCAAGAAGAAGAGCGAGGAGAGUUACACGGUCAUGAACUACGCCACGCUGGACCAGGUCACCGUGGACAAGGUGGAGAGCUCAGACCCACCCUCCCCUCCUCCUGGCAAGGCUGGGGGGCACCUGCUGCGAGUGGUGCUGGAGAAGGACAGUGAGGGCCGGCGGGAGGAGGUGGUGCUGUCAGCAGAGACGCUGAGUGACCGGGCCCGCUGGAUUGCAGCGCUGAUGCACCGGGAGAAGGAAAAGCCUGACCCCACUCCCAAAGGAGACCUGAGCCAGGUGGAGAUCACCCGCGCCUACCUGGCCAAGGAGGCGGAUGAGCUGUCCCUGCAGCAGGCAGAUGUUGUCCUGGUGCUGGGGGAAGAGGAUGGCUGGUGCUGGGGGGAGCGCCUGCGGGACGGGGAGCGGGGCUGGUUCCCCCAGGCCUGUGCCCGGCCCAUCACGAGCCGCGUGGCCGCCGAGGGCAACGUGCGGCGCAUGGAGCGGCUGCGCAUCGAGACCGACGUGUAGGGACAGCCCCGAGGGACCCCUCUGCCCCAGAGACCCCCUGACCUCUGCAGACUGAGCCCACAGAGAGGAGGCAGCAGCAGAGCCUUUCUUCUUGAACUGUGCUUGUGUCAGGUGGCAGAUCUCAUGGGCCAGGACGGGUUUGUGUGGCAGCUGUGACACAGCAGCUCCUUCUGUGAGAGCUGGCACCGGGCACUCCUGGCAGCGCUGGCACUGGUGACCCAGAACAGGCUCCAGGAGCAGCCAAGGGCUUGGCUCAGGUUGGAAAGCUGGAGCUGUUCUGGGCUCUGAAGUGCCUGUGCCACCAUCUCCGUCCCUGCUGGCAGCUGGGCCAGCACCUGCUGCACACCUGGCGUGGGGAGAGCACACCCCAGUCAGGCUUUGUUUGGAGCUUGAAUCCCUGGACUUGGCUUAUUCCUCAGCCCGGUUUUUGCUCCUGUUUCUCUUUUUUCUGUCUCUCCCCCCACAGUAAUUCUCGGGCCCUUCGGGCAGAGCCGUGCCCUGCACAGGUGAGGUGGUGCCACACACCUUUUGGUCACUUGAUAAAAUACUUGAUGCCAGAGUUGUUCCCAUGGAGUCAGCUCUGGGGCCAGGACUGGGCUAUGCUCCAGGCAGAGGGUGAGGCAGGGGCAGGGUGAGGAGCAGUGCUGCAGCUCCCACCUGCCUUUCCCUCCUCCCAGCUGGGGAGGGGGCUCUGCCAGGGCUCAGCCCCUCAAACCCUGUGCAGGAAACAUGGCAGCUACAAUUUUGAGGUGAGCCAGCCCCACACACUGCCAACUUCUCAUUCACUGUUCUGAUCAAACUGUUCAACUGUAAAUUAAGGUAACAAUAAAUUCAUGGAUACCACUGAACCACGUGUUCUCUGCUAGUGGAGAGUGUCCCUGAGCAUGACAGCUCCAAGGACAUUGUUUUGCCAACCAUGAGCCCUAAAAUGAAGCUUCAUUCUGCUGGUGGCAUUGCAUGUUCUGACACAAAAUGUGCACCUCAUGAAACACCCUCCAGAGCCCCUGCCAGCCUGCUGUCACCUAGAGCAGCUGGCAGGUGCAUUUGAGUGAGACAGACAAGAUAAGUAGAAACUCAGCCAGGCUUUCUGUUUAUUUCUUUUAACUGUGGAGAAAGUAACAUUCUUCAUCAGUGCUAAAUUAAAGAAGAUCCAAAAAGGGAGACAGUACAAGAAAAGAGGAAGCAAACAAACUGGAUUAAGAAAUAUGAACAGGAAAAGAACAUUAUAUAAAAAUACAGGUACAGGGCUUGCUCUGAGCAGCUGCCAGGAGUCAUGGAGCUGCAGCUGGAAUGGGACAGGAUGGAUCCAUCCCCAUGUUUAAGGCUGUUCCCAAGUUCUCCUGGAGCAGGGCCAUCGAGGCACAGCAUCUCCACUGGCCUCCUCCUCCUCCUCCUGUGCUGCUCGCAGUCACUGGAACCUUCCUCUAACAGCCCAGGAGCUCAAAGGCAAAGGGGAGCCGAGGGAUGAUUGUCUGGAGAUGAGCAGCACCACUGGCAGCACUGCCUGGGCUCCUUUGGCACAAAAUCUUCCUGCUCCCUGCUUAUCCAACAUCCAGCCUCAACAGCACGAGUUUGGUCCUUCACUACAAACUCCUAUUAACGUGAUUUCUUCACAAGAGAGAUAGCUAAUGUAAAAAAAUACUGUUCAGGAAGGAAUAAAAUAAGAAAGGAAUUAGGCCAAAAUGACACGUUCUAUACAGAUUAAAAUAAAUUCCAUCAGGAAAAGAAAGAAUUCUUUUAUUAUUUUCAGUUGGCCCCUGUGGGAAUAAUUUAAAGGCCAAGUGCCUGGGCAGGGCUGUGCUGCAGCCUGUGGGGAUGGGAUGGGAUGGGAUGGGAUGGGAUGGGACGGGACGGGACGGGACGGGACGGGACGGGAUGGGAUGGGAUGGGAUGGGAUGGG